CCUCUUUGGCUGUCUGAAGGCAAGAUGGGUCACCAGCAGCUCUACUGGAGUCACCCACGGAAGUUCGGCCGGGGUUCUCGCUCCUGCCGUGUUUGCUCUAACUGUCACAGUCUGAUCCAGAAAUACGGGCUCAACAUGUGCCACCAGUGUUUCCGUCAGUACGCGAAGGACAUAGGCUUCAUUAAGUUGGACUGAGCGACCUUGAGUGGAUUAUUCAACUGUCUGCCCAGUGAAAUGGAUCAUGCUAGCCUUUGUACAUAAAGAAUAAAAAAGUGAAGACUUUCAAUUCCUGAAAAGAAAAAAAAAAAGAAAUAGAAGGACUGCUGAAACUUUGAGUCUAGUCUGGGCUGCGUAGUAAGUAUUACGCUCAGCCAGGAACACAUGGGGAGACGAGAGAGACACAGAGAG